AUGGGGCGUGCCGGUCAAACACCAGCCGGCCAUGGCAAUCAAAAUGAAAAAGAAAUUGACAAAACCAGCGGCGAUGGUAAUCGAAAUGUGCUUCGGUCCUCCGCCACUGGUACCACCUUUCUCAUCAUGAUCCAAUUGGCGUCGAGAAUCUUUACCUUCGCCUCCAACCAGCUGAUAUUGCGAACAUUGUCACCUAUCGUGCUGGGCAUAGCCGCUCAACUUGAACUUUUCCAAGUGACCAUUCUCUAUUUCUCUAGAGAAAGCAUCCGGAUGGCCAUUCAAAGACAGCCCUUGGCAUCCAGCCCAUCUUCUAGCACCAACGACAAAGACAAAGACAAAGACAAUCGAGACACAGAUAAUGACAAGCAAUCUCUUGCCUCUCAGUCAGUUGUCAAUGUGUCUUAUCUGAGCCUAUUUCUCGGUGUGAUCUUUACAACCGGGUUGACCUGGUUUUACAAACAUUUCGCUCCCGAACAAGCGCACUCAACCCCCUUUUUCAAUCAAAGUGUGACGGUGACGGGUCUCGCUUCUCUGUUGGAAUUGACCAUUGAACCAUUCUUUGCGGUUGUUCAACAACGCAUGUGGUAUGAGAAACGGGCUGCUGUCGAACUUCCAGCCGCUUUCUUGAAAAGUCUUGUGACUUGUUCUACGUUUUUCUACGCCUCUCGUCAAGGCCAUGAUGUCGGCUCUUUGCCCUUUGCGCUUGGGUAUCUGGCCUACUCGAUAACUCUCAUUUUUGGAUACUACUGGUCGUUGCUGUGGACUCCGUUCACAAGGCGGUUCUCGUUUCUUCUUUCUGGGGUAGAAUCUAGCAACAAUUCAGAAUACAUCUCCGGUCUAUUCUCUCGCCGCUUAACCUUUUUAGCGGCAACUCUCUUUUUCCAAUCAUUGGUCAAACACCUCCUCACUCAAGGGGACUCGAUGAUGCUAGCUGCAAUGUCCAGCUUAGAGGAUCAAGGAAUAUACUCCCUAGCAUCCAACUACGGCGGCUUAAUUGCGAGGAUCAUCUUCCAGCCACUGGAAGAAAGCAGUAGGAAUUUAUUUUCCGCACUGCUGAGUCAAGACGGGCCUAACAGCAAACGAACCGAUGUUCAACUCCGCACCGCGAAAGGUCAACUUGUCACCAUUCUGAGAGCCUACCAACUUCUCUCAGCCCUCAUCUUACCAAUUGGUCCCAUCAUGGUUCCGACAGUCCUCACCAUCCUUGGCGGUCGUCAAUGGGCUUCGCCGAAAGUGGCCGACUUACUAUCGUUGUAUUGUUACUAUAUUCCCUUCCUGGCUUUCAACGGCAUCACUGAGGCGUUUGUUUCAUCUGCUGCCAAUCCAUCCGAGAUUCGCACUCAGACGGGUUGGAUGGGUGCUUUUUCUGCUUGCUAUGCCCUGGCUGCGUAUCUCUUUCUUGAGGUCGGGUCUCUAGGUGCUUAUGGGCUUGUACUUGCGAAUAUUGUGAACAUGGCUGUCCGAACACUUUGGAGCUAUUGUUUCAUUCGAGGCUUCUUCCGCAAAAAUGGGAGCAGUCUGGGUAUAAUUGAGAUCAGUAUGAAGCCUGCUGCUUAUAUUCUUUCUGCUUUGGCUACGGUGGCGAGUCAAGUGGUGCCGAGUUUACAUGCGAAAAUCAUCCCGGCAAUUGCGUUUAGCGGUGUCUACGCACUUCUGAUGUGA